AAAAGUUAUAUAGUCAUAGACUUAAGCGUUUGUAUGACGGUAUAAUUAAUCUUGUGACAACAAAAUUUUAAUUUUGUUACAAAUAAUUUCAGUUGAAAUCCUAAUUUGCGAUUUGCGUGUUUUGUAAAUUACUUUAGUAUAGACAUAUACAUGAGUAUGUAUAUAAUACAUGAAUUAAUGCAGCCAACGUACACAUUUUAAUCGUAGUUGUUCCAGAAAUUUACUUGAAAUUCAAGAUCUUAAUACUCUAAAUUUAAUAUACGAUACACAACUGUUCAAGACGUGCUAAUUCAAGAUCUUAAUACUCUAAAUUUAAUAUACGAUACACAAGUGUUCAAGAAACGUUUUAUUAUUAAAAUGAGUUAACUGAAGUGAGGUUAGGACGAAAAAUGCGGAAAGCAAUGAGAAAGAAGGCAUUCAGCGGUAAAGCGAAGAAACAGCAGCUGCAAGCUAAGAAACAAAGACAAAAUUCAGCUUUAUUUGGUGAAAAUUACAAUGAAGAUAAAGAUUGUAGUAGUUUCGGGUAUAAUGCUGUACAAAAGCGAAAAAAUUAUGAUUCCUCCAGAAAUAGAUAUUCAUUACAAUUCUUCCAAGAGAGUAAGGAAGAAUUACUGAAACGAAAGGAACAAGCUAGAAAUACCAUUGAACCUUUAUCUCUCAGGGAUCAGGAAGUUUCAAGUAAUUAUUUUCCACUUGAAAUUGACAUGCCGAAGAGACCACCAUGGGAGUUCAACAUGUCGAAAGAACAGUUAGAAUUGAGAGAACAGAAAUAUUUUACUGAAUAUCUAAGAAACAUGGAAAAAUUAAGUUCUGUCAGUUAUUUUGAAUUAAAUUUAGAAACUUGGAGACAAUUAUGGAGAGUUCUUGAAAUGUCUGAUAUUUUAUUAAUCAUUGUUGAUAUUAGAUAUACUGUUUUAAUGUUCCCUCCAUAUUUAUAUAAAUAUAUAACAAAUGAAUUAAAAAAGGAUAUGAUUUUAGUAUUAAAUAAAGUUGAUUUAGUUCCUCCAAGCUUAGUAAUAGCAUGGAAGGAAUAUUUUCAUAUUAUGUAUCCAAAGUUACAUAUUUUGAUGUUCACGUCAUAUCCUACUUAUAAUUUACGUGGAAAUGUCAGUGAAACAGAGGCAAUAAAGCAAAGACGUAGGAAGGGAAAACUUAAAAUGGCUGCAGAAGGAGCUCAGAAACUGUUGGAUGCUUGUAAAGAAAUUGUUGGAAAUAAUGUUGAUUUAAGUUCUUGGCAAAAUAAAAUUCAAGAAGAAAUGCAAAUGGAAUUUGAUUUAGACGACAUUGAUCAUAAAAGUAACAUUACUAUAGAGAAAGAAGACACAAGUUAUUUCAAGCAUGAAAGCUAUAAAAAUGGAGUUUUAACUAUUGGAUGUAUUGGAACUCCGAAUGUUGGUAAAUCAUCUUUAAUGAAUGCAUUAAUGGGGAAAAAAGUUGUUAGCGUGUCACGUACACCAGGACAUACUAAACAUUUUCAGACUAUAUAUCUUACAAAAACAGUUUGCCUCUGUGAUUGUCCAGGAUUGGUGUUUCCAUCUAUGGUGCCUAAACAACUACAAAUUUUAAUGGGAUCUUUUCCGAUAGCCCAAGUCAGAGAACCAUAUACGUCAAUUAAAUUUCUAGCUGAAAGAGUAGAUUUGCCAAAGAUACUUAAAUUACAACAUCCAGAUAAUGAUGAUACAUGGUCCGCUAUCGAUAUUUGCGAUAGUUGGGCUUCUAAGCGAAAUUUUGUUACUGCACGAACCGCUAGACUUGAUUCUUACAGAGCAGCUAAUUCAUUAUUAAGAAUGGCGCUUGAAGGGAAAAUUUGUAUGUACAUAUAUCCUCCGGAUUGGACUAUCAAUAAAGAAAAGUGGGAGAAUCAUUCAGAAAUUGAAUUAGUUAGAUGGAUUCAAGCUAGAAAUAAAGAUGAAGAUGUUAACAGUGCGGAAAAAAUAUACACCUCGUCCGAAGAUGAAAAUGAUGAAGAGGAAAGCUUAGAAACCCAAAAGCAUCAAAAGAAAAUAUCAAAAAUGACAUCCGAUAGUUCCGAUGAUUCUAGUGAAAUAACAAGCGAAGAAUCAGAAAUAUCAUAUGCAGCCAACAAAUUUGAAGCAUUAUCAACAGAUAUGUAAAAAGUUCGACUUUUAGUUAGUUUUUAAUAAUCUUUUAUUCAUUUUUUGAUACACAUCAUACAUCUAUCUUGAAUUAUCUAUUUACAACGAAAUAGAAUACAAUAUUUCUAACGAAAUAUUUGACAAGUAAAAAUAGUAUAUGCUAUAUAUAUAUGCAGUGCGUUCGCGAUAUUAUUGAUCAAUGUUUUUCUCAUUAAUGAUAAACUUUUGAAAGAAGUAAAAGAG